CGAGGUUUUGGACUCCCGCCAUUUCACCUUCCUAAAACCCAAAACAAAGGAAGUCCCAAACCUAAAAACUCAGACCAUCCCAGAAUGAGAAUGGGCACUCUCAAAAAGAAGAGGGAAGAAGAAGAACCCCCUUCUUCUCUUUCCCUCGAUAAUGCUAAUGGUAGCGACUCCCAAAGUGAAGAAGGGUCCAAAAGAGAAGAUGAUUCUUUACGUUACGAGCAAGCUAGGGACCAAAGGAUCAAAGACAACAUGGAGAGAAUGCACAAGCUUGGCUUGUUCGACUUGUCUCUCAAACUCAAAUGCCCAAAACGAAACUAUCUCCCCAAAAAAAAGAAGGCCGUCCAACCCAACCAUUCGCCCCAGAGACGCUCCUCCAGAAUAAUGAACCUGGUACCAAUUAACUAUUCUGAGAGAAAUCGUGAAUCUGCAAGUAAGGAAAACGGUGUCGUAGAGAUUUGUAUACCAGAAGGUACAAACCCUGAAGUUUACACUGAAGAGCAUGAGGAGCAUCUGGGAGACUGUGAGAGUGCUUGGGAAUUGUAUGUGGAUGGAUAUGAUGAGGAUGGGAACCGUAUAUAUGAUCCAAUCAAAGGAGAGACAUGCCAUCAAUGCAGGCAGAAAACUCUUGGCCAGCAUACUCAUUGCAACAAAUGCGAAUUACUCCAAGGGAAAUUUUGUGGAGAUUGCUUGUACAUGAGAUAUGGAGAAAAUGUGAUGGAAGCCAACCGUAACAACAAAUGGGUUUGCCCUCCUUGUAGAGGAAUUUGCAACUGCAGUCGUUGCCGCAGGGGAAAAGGUUGGAGGCCUACUGGCAACAUAUACAGUAAGGUGUCAAAGCUGGGUUUCAAAUCUGUGGCUCAUUAUUUGAUUAAAACUCGAGGCACUGAGUUGGAAGGGUCAGAUGCUGAAAAUAGUGUUGCUGAAGAAAAAUCAGAGACAUCUGCAGAUACCAAACUGAAUAGACCAACUCUCACGAGGGCAUCAAAGAAGAGGGCAUAGUUGCAUUACAUCUGUAUGAAGAUGAUGAUACUAGUUUUUUGAGAAACAUACAAGAUUUGAGAUUUAAUGAAGCUAGUAUGGUAUAGAGCCUGUGGAUUAUUAACAACUGUAUACAAACUAGUAAGUAUACAAAUUUUGCUUUUUCAUCCUUUCUUGAAA